AUGCUGAUAUCGAAACGCGAUCAGGGUUGGUUUGCGACCCCGCGUAGAUCUGACCCGGUCAAUUGUUUUGCUGCCUUUUUCAAUUUUUGGGACUCGACUAAUUACCAACCGGCGCUUCAAUCCUGUUACUCUAGUAAGCCACUCAAACCUCUCCUUGAUCGUAUCGUCCUCCUUUUGGUCCGACAAUCUGCAACACUUCACCGUGCACUUGUCAAAGCCGGGAGAAAUGUAGAUAACCGCCUUGACCAAUUUCCUCGAUCUGUUCUGGUGGAUUUUUUUUGGAACGGAGAUCAUUUCUUAGGAGUUGCACCAUAUUAA